AUGCCACUUCGGGACUCCCCAGUCCCCACCCCACUGGCCCUGGCCUGCACUGCACUCUCACGCGCUGACACCCCGCAUCAGCUUUUGCAUCUGACACCCCUCUCUCUCCAGCCCCCACACCACCAAUGCAUCAGCCGCAGCAGAGCAGAGGGCGCCGCUGAACCCAUAGAGCUUCGCCCUCCCUCCCUACUGCGCCCCUCCCUCUCACAAUUUAUCCGCCCCCAAUUUGCUUCCUUUCUUUCUCCCAGUCCCAGGUUUCUGCUCCCUGGGCGUCCGUUUCGUUUCUUGGGGAGUUGUUUCCAAAGAAACUUGGGGGCAACAAUUGACUGGAUUUCUUGAAGAAGAGCACCGUCGAAUCUGUUUCACAUGAUGCCCAAUUUCAGCAAACAGUGACACCAUUGAUUGGUUUGGCUUUGGUAGCCUCUGCUUUCCUGGAUUUGUGAUGGAUUUACAAAAACGAAAUGAGAUGAGUCUGAAUGAGAAGAGAGAAUUAGUCUACGAAGUUUCGAGAUUUCCGCAAGGUGCUGCUGAGAUUCUUCAAUGCUGGACCCGUAGGGAUCUUCUCGAGCUUAUCUGUGCUGAGCUGGGCAAGGAGAGGAAGUACACCAAUGUUCCAAAAUCUAAGAUGAUUGCCUAUCUGUUAAAACUAGUUUCACGAAGGAAAGUUGAGCUGAAAAAUGAUAAGUCAGUUGCUUUAUUAUUGGGGCAGAAUAACCACAAUGAGAUGCAAAAGAAAGCAAAUGGGGAACAACCACAUCAUGUCACUAAAAGUGUGAACUCUGAUUUGUCAUUAUGCAGAGAGGUCCGAGCUGGUAGUUCAUUGAUAUGCAGAAAUAUUGCAUGUCAAGCCACCUUAAAUGAAGGAGAUGCAUACUGCAAGCGUUGCUCUUGCUGCAUUUGCCAUAAAUAUGAUGAAAACAAGGAUCCGAGCUUAUGGUUAGUUUGUAGCUCUGAUAAUCCAUAUAUUAGUGUUUCAUGUGGAUUGUCAUGUCAUUUAAGGUGUGCUUUAAAGAAUAAAAAAGCUGGCAUUCUCAAGAAUGUGUGCAACAAGUUAGAUGGCAGUUUCUACUGCAUUUCCUGUGGGAAGAUCAAUUGGCUCAUGAGGAACCUGAGGAAACAACUAGAAAUUGCAAGGCAAGCUAGAAGAGUUGACGUGCUAUGUGAGCGAUUAUCGUUGAGCCAUAAAAUGUUGAAAGGGUCUGAACACUACAAGGAACUUUCAAACAUAAUCAGCUCAGCUGUGAAAAUACUUGCGAAAGAAGUUGGCAGCGCAUUGGAUCAAGUGUCUGCUAUCAUUGGGCGGACCCUGGCUAACCGCCUUACUUGUGCUGCUGAUGUUCAGAAACUCUGUUUGUCUGCACUAGAAAUAGUAGCCUCUACAGUGGCAAGCACCUCAGUGCUUGAGGCAAACAAUAAUCUGGAACCCCUAGGUUACCAACCCCAAAUUCUUUUUGAGGAGAUCACACCAUUUUCUUUAGUUAUUGUAUUGAAAUAUCAGGAUAAUAUCUAUAAGGAGGACAUUGACGGUUGCAGAGUUUGGCACCGAAAUGCCAAGGUGCUCAACUAUCCAGUGGAGCCCACAUGCCACAUACUGAGACCAAAUACUAGGAACCUUGUUUCGGGUUUAAGCCCUUCAACGGAAUAUUUCUUUAAGGUUUUGCCUUUUGGAAGCACACUGCGGUUCGGUGAAUGUGAGGCAAAAUGCUCUACACGGAGCCUUGACCGUGGCAGCAGCCAGUGUUCAACUCAAAAUUCUGAGAGCUUGUGCAUCAAAGAGGAUGUGUUGCGGUAUCAGAAAAAUGAGUUGAAUUUGCAGAAACAAGAAAGGGUCAUCCAAUAUGACUCGCCUAAGGCUUCUACAAACUCAAGUGAGAACAAUGAGUCCCCUGACAGGUAUUACAAGCGCACGAAGAUUGCAAGGUUGGAUGGCACAAGUGACAAUGAUGAAAGCCAGUUGCCACCGACAUCGGAAGUUCUACCAUUGGCUGGUUCAAACUCUUCUCCUUCAGAAGCUCCCAACAAACCCGACUGGCUUAGCAGCACCCCUGAUUCGGCAUGCAAAAACUAUGUGGAGCAGCAAUACGAGUACUGUGUGAAGGUGAUCAAAUGGCUGGAGCACGGAGGACACAUGGACAAGGAGUUCCGAGUGAAGUUCCUCACUUGGUUCAGCCUGAAGUCAUCGGCGAAGGACAGACGCGUUGUUAGUGCCUUCGUCCAUGCUCUCAUCAGCGACCCAGCUAACUUAGUCGCGCAACUGAUGGACGCAUUCAUGGAUGUCGUCUGUAGCAAGGAGAAGCCUGCUCAAUCCAAAUUUCCAUGCUACAAACUUUGGCAUUAAAGGUCUCCAUUUCCGCUGCGAUUCUCUUUAUUUUGAGAGCAACUGUAUGCUGAUUGGACAACGAACCAUUCUAGUUAUUGCUCUUUGUUGAUGAUUGUUCUGUUGUUUCUGAAUUGUGGUGGUUGGACCAUUGGGCAAUGUUAGGUGGAUAAACUAUGCUCCGAAGUUACUGGCAAGACAUGAAUAUCAGUAGUUAGGUUGAUUUUAGAUGCUUCAAUUUAGGUGAUCUGGCCCAAUUAAUGUCCCAUUCUAUUUUAUCAUAAGUUCUGUCAGUUGUAUGCAUAUCUGGAAUGGUACUGUGAAUCUUUUUUAUACCGCGAAUGGUAAUGUGACUUUGCCACCUUGGUAGCAUUAACUGUUGUGAA